UCCCCUGCAGACUGAACAGCAUGGCACAAAGCGCCCAGAACCAUCUUCUGCUAAAAGUUUGAUUGAUAUAGGCACUCGUCGGAUCUUCUCGUCGGACCAUGAUAUCUUCAGGGAGAGUGCCAGGAAGUUCUUUCAGGAAGAAGUGCUACCUUUUCACACGGAAUGGGAGAAGGACGGCCAGGUGAGCAGGGAGCUCUGGGAAAAGGCUGGACAGCAGGGUUUGCUGGGUGUUGCUAUUGCUGAAAAACAUGGAGGCAUCGGGGCGGAUAUUCUGUCUUCAGCCGUGGUCUGGGAGGAGCAGAUGUACGUUAACUGUACGGGCCCAGGAUUCAGCCUUCACUCAGAUAUAGUCAUGCCCUACAUUGCAAACUAUGGCUCUGAAGAACAGAUUAAACGCUUUAUCCCCGAAAUGAUCGCAGGCAAGUGUAUUGGAGCUAUCGCCAUGACAGAACCUGGGGCUGGCAGUGACUUGCAGGGAAUACGAACAUACGCGAAAAAAGAUGGAAGUGACUGGAUUCUUAAUGGCAGCAAGGUAUUCAUCACUAAUGGUUGGAUGAGCGACGUAGUGAUUGUGGUUGCUGUUACAAACCGGGAGGCCCGAUCUCCUGCUCAUGGGAUCAGCCUUUUUCUGGUGGAAAAUGGAAUGAAAGGCUUCAUCAAAGGACGCAAGCUGAACAAAAUUGGCUUAAAAGCUCAAGACACAGCAGAGCUGUUUUUCGAAGAUGUGCGGUUGCCAGCCAGUGCCUUGCUUGGAAAAGAGAACAAAGGCUUCUAUUAUCUGAUGGCAGAGCUCCCUCAGGAAAGGCUGCUAAUUGCUGAUAUGGCUCUUGCCAGUUGUGAAUUCAUGUUUGAAGAAACAAGGAAUUAUGUGAAGCAAAGGAAAGCGUUUGGGAAGACAAUUGCACACUUGCAGACAGUCCAGCACAAGUUGGCAGAAAUGAAAACGCAGAUCUGCGUGGGCCGAGCUUUUAUGGACAACUGCUUGCAGCUGCAUGCGGACAAACGCCUGGACUCCUCCACAGCUUCUAUGGCAAAGUACUGGUCUUCUGAUCUCCAAAACAGCGUAGCUACACAGUGUGUCCAACUGCACGGAGGCUGGGGGUACAUGUGGGAGUACCCGAUUGCAAAGCUUUUUGUGGAUGCCCGUGUUCAGCCGAUCUAUGGUGGUACCAAUGAAAUAAUGAAAGAACUUAUCGCUAGAGACAUUGUCAGUGACAAGUAG